GUUUUUUUAUUCGUGUUGCAAGAGAAAAUGUUCGACACCACGCUGGGCACUCUGCUUGGCCUCUGCAUGCAGAUCUGUUGGCUGUUGGCCAGCCAGUUCUUCUGCCAGAUGGUGCAGCAUCCUCUGCUGACCAGCGCCGUGUGUCUGCUGCUGAGCCUCGUCCGACGGGUGGACCAGCAACUGCUGCGUGAGCGUUUCCAGCUGCUGAAGAUCUGGAUUACAGACUCGGAUCUGCCCACUGACAACUGUGGCUACGACACGACUGACCCUGGAGAGGGGGAACUGGGGAGACAGGGACCCGGGUCUGGCUACCAGAGCCCCAUCAAUAUCGACGAAACACAGCUCAGCCGCCUGGCCAUCAGGGAGCUGCUCAACUGGAACCACUACGACGACCUGCCGGCGGGCAUUCAGCUGGAGAACACCGGCCACACGGUGGUGCUGCGGGCGCAGUUCCGCGGCAACAGACCGACCAUCAGCGGCGCCGAUCUGCUGGCCAGCUACACCUUCGUGGAGGUGCGCUUCCAUUGGGGCUGGUGCAACAGCGAGGGCUCCGAGCACACCUUGAACCACCGCAAGUUUCCCAUGGAGAUGCAGGUGAUGCACCGUGCCGGCUCCGGCCAGGCACGCUCCUGCACCAGCAGCUACGAUCUCCUGACCGUCGCCUUCUUGUUCGAGCUCUCCGCACACAACCCGUUCCUGGACCCACUCGUGCAGAACCUCCGCCAGGUGCGUGUGCCUGGAAAGCGUGUGACUAUCUCUCCCUUUCCGCUGAGCUACCUAAUGCCCGCCUUCCGGACUGGCUUCUACUCUUACGGUGGCUCGCUGACCCACCCGCCGUUCUACGAGGGCACCGAGUGGCUCAUCUUUCCCGAAACUCUGGCCAUUAGCGACUUUCAGCUGCGCCACUUUCGACAGCUGCUGGGCCCCGACGGCAUCACUCCCAUCACAAGGAACGCCCGUCCCGUGCAGUCGCUGGGCAACCGCAAAGUCAGCCUCAACUGCUUCUGUCCCUUCGAUGCCAAUCAGCGGCCAGUCGAUCUUUGCCAGCAGCAGCCUCAGUCGGUGGAAGUGAAGCAGGAAGAAACCGUGAAGCAGAAGCAGGUGGCUUCUGAGGAAGAGGGCGUGCUGCUGGAGUCCAUGAACACGACCACCGUCAUAACCAGCGACUCUGGGAACUUAUGCAUGAGCACAUUCAUGCGCAAGGAGCAGCCACAAGAGAACUACAGCACCACAGCCAUUGUCCUCCACAGCGACUCGACGGCCCCCCAGCCGGAGCAGGCUGUUCAAGAAGAUUUAACAAGCGGCGAGGGCGGAGCCGAUACCAUCAGCGUCGUGGGCGAUGGCGUCAACAUUGGGCUCCAAGGCCAUCCCCAGCUGCUGUGAGAGGGUGGAAGGGGCGAUCCUUGCUUAAUUAUUGUUGUGCAGUUCGAAAUUUGUUUUUGUUUUUAUCACGCGGAACCGGAUGCGCAGACGGGACACAGGCUGGCUCCAAGGCCAGCUGCUCUUUGUCCUGGCAGGACUAAUUGAAUGGCGCGUGUAUGGAUUAAAGAGUUGCGUUUACAUUUACAAACCAAA